GCAAACGCAGAUUUAAAGGUCUGCGGCGCUUCUUCGGCAGAAUGCUGUCAUUCUGUGGCGUGUCCUCGUCUUCUGAGCAGGAUAAGAGGUUCUGAGCUGCAGACUGAGAUUCAGGAGACUGAACCCGUCACAGCAGUAGUUGAAGGGACUAAACCUCCUUCUCUCAGUGUUGAUGGUCCUUCAUCUGCAGACAGAGUCUCUGCUCAAGAGACAAAACUCUUCACAGACGCAGCUCUGAGCUUCGAGACCAUUGAUGUUGAGCGUCUUGUAGAAUUGCUGGCCAGUUUCGGAGUCCAGUGGCAUGAUCUGAGCAAGGAUUCACUGAAGGAGCUGCUCAAGUCUUUGGAGGAACAGGAGGAAGCGUCUGAAGAGAAAUCAGCUGAGGAGGAUGAUGCUGAUCAAGCUGCGCUGGGUCUUCCUAAUUUAGGAAACACGUGCUAUAUGAACUCUGUCAUUCAGUGCCUCCUCAGCGUUUCUCCCUUUCGGGAAGAUUUGCUCUCGCAGCAGGAGAAUCACACAGACAGCGCCACGCUGCUCAGAGCGUUAACUGACCUGCACAUGAGCCGGAUGGACAGCAGUGACUCUGAUCUGAAGGAAACACACUUGGCUAAAGUUAAAAGCUACAUAGAAAGUCACUUUCCAGUUUUCAAGGGACGCUGUCAGCAGGAUGCACACGAGUUCUUCAUGGCUUGUCUGUCCCGUCUAAAAGAGGAAAGCAUGAGCUUGAGAUCGUCUCAUCCCUCAUACACUUGGCCCGUGUCCAGUAUGGAGUUCAAGCUCAGAAGCGAGCGCACCUGCAACAGCUGCGGCCUCAUGAAGAGUUUCACAGAGGAAUCAAACUGCCUCUCGCUGGUCAUCGGCCCUCAUGCGAGUCUCACAGACAGUCUGCAGCAGUACAUGAACGCGUCGUUCAUUGAUUGCGUGUGCAGUCUGUGUGGAGGACCACAGGCCUCUGAGACCCUGAAGUUUCUCUCUCUUCCUCGGGUCCUGGUCCUUCUGGUGCAGCGCUUUGACUUCACGUCCUCCAUGAUCAAGCUGAAGAAUCGACUGGAGAUUCCUGAGGAGCUGACGCUGUCCUGCGUUAAAGAGAGAACAAAGCAGCCAGAGACAGACGAAAACAGCAGAGCAGGCAGCCGAUCAUUUCUCCAGAAAAUAUUCAGGAAAAAGAACAGAGUUGCUCCACAGACACCACAGGAAAGAGAUGGAUAGAUAUAUGGAUAGAUAGUCAGACAGA